AUGCCCUGCGAGACAGACUGUACGCGCAGCUGCGGCAAUUGCGAGGAUGGGAGCCUCGUCGACAUCGAGGACUACCAGAAGGAGCUGGAGUCGUUGCGCGCGAGGACCCGGGAAGUAGAGGAGAAGCUCAAGAAGCUGACUCCCACCGGCACCGCUUCUUCUCCCAAGAAGAAGAAGUACCGCUCUGCACACUGGUUCCAGCGUACGGACGAGCGCGGCAUGCACAACAUCUACAUCGACCGCUACCUCAACUACGGGCUGACCAAGGAAGAGCUCACCUCCGGGAAGCCCAUCAUCGGUAUUGCACAGUCCGGCUCAGAUAUUGCGCCAUGCAACAGGCAUCAUCUCGAGCUGGCAAAGCGGGUCCGAGAGGGUAUCCGAGCGGCCGGUGCCAUUGUGUUUGAGUUCCCGACGCAUCCCAUCCAGGAGACGACGAGGAUGCCCACGGCAACCAUCGACCGGAACCUGUCGUACUUGACUCUCGUCGAACUCCUUUACGCCUACCCCUUCGACGGCGUCGUACUCCUGACGGGAUGCGACAAGACGACUCCGGCAGCGCUGAUGGCGGCAUCAACCAUCAACAUCCCGGCCAUCUGUCUGAACGUAGGCCCAAUGCUUAACGGCUGGCUCAACGGGAAGCGCAUCGGUACCGGCACCAUCACCUGGGAGGCUCGUGAGCUGCACUCCGCAGGCCGGAUCAACGACGAAGAGAUGGUGGACAUGGUGACCAGCGGCAGCCCCUCCGUCGGCCACUGCAACACCAUGGGGACCGCCUCGACGAUGAACGCGCUGGCCGAGGCUCUGGGCAUGGCCCUCCCCGGAUCCGCCGCCAUCCCAGCGGCGUACCGUCAGAGAGGCCAGAUGGCGUACGAGACUGGCGUGCGAAUCGUGGAGAUGGUCAAGAACGACCGCAAGCCCUCGGAUAUCCUCACCCGCGAGGCUUUCGAGAAUGCAAUCGUUGCCAACACGGCGAUUGGCGGGAGCUCCAACGCCCCCAUCCACCUGAAUGCCAUUGCGAAACAUAUCGGCGUGCCGCUGGAUCUCGACGACUGGGAUCGCAUCGGGUUCUCGAUCCCGUUGCUUGUGAACAUGCAGCCGGCGGGCGAGAUGCUGAGCGAGGAUUACUACCGUGCUGGGGGACUGCCAGCCGUCAUGGCCGAGUUGCUGGAAGCGGGUAAGCUGCCGCAUCCAGAUGCGCUCAUCUGUACGGGCGGCACGAUGGGUGAGGAGGUCAAGGGGAAGCACACGUGGGACCGGCAGACAAUCAAGCCCUUCUCCGAUCCCAUGAUCCAGGAUGCGGGAUUCCUGCAUAUGACUGGCACAUUAUUCGACUCAGCCAUCAUGAAGACGUCAGUCAUCUCCCAGGAAUUCCGAAGAAUAUUCCUCGAGAACCCAGACGACCCCAAUGCCUUUGAAGGUCCACUCGCUGUAUUCGACGGACCCGAAGACUACCAGGCGCGAUUAGAAACAGCCCCCAUCGACAGCCGGACCAUCCUCGUCAUGCGCGGCACCGGGCCCCUCGGAUACCCAGGAGCGGCGGAAGUGGUCAACAUGCACGCACCGGGACGGCUACUCAAACAGGGCGUGCGAGAACUGCCGUGCAUCGGAGACGGACGACAGUCAGGGACGUCGGGCACCCCGUCGAUCCUCAACGCGACGCCGGAGGCCGCAGAUGGCGGGAACCUUGCUCUGAUACGCGAUGGAGACAGGCUACGGGUCGACUUGACGAAACGACGGGUAGACAUAUUAGUCCCGGUGGAGGAGCUGGAUGCACGCCGCAAGGAACUGGAGGCCAAGGGCGGCUAUCCCAUCCCGCCGAGCCACACGCCAUGGCAGGACAUUUUCAGGCGGGAGGUCGGUGGGCUCAGUGAGGGGAUGGUGAUGAAGAAGGCGGUGCAGUUCCAGCGAGUGGCGCAGACGUAUCCAACGCCCAGAGAUUGUCACUAG